AUGGAUGAGACAAGAGUGAAGCUGAAUGGCAAUGUCGGGAGCGAUGACUGGUAUAAAAAUAACAUCAAGAAGAAAACGUGUUGUUUCUAUGUGGAGGCUGCUAGUGAGGGGAUUUGUAAGUGUGGAUACCCGAAGGUCCAGCACUGCGAUGAUGCCAUCAAACCUGCGCAAUAUUUGGGGAAAGAGUGGAGUCAUCACAAACACAUCAGAGAAGAACCCACUGAUGCCUAUGGAGAUAUUAGUUUUGGUGGGCUUGGACAGAAAUUGGGGAAGUAUGUUCGGAUAUCAUCGGCCACGCCACCCGAGCAUCUCUAUCAGCUGAUGACAAAACAGUGGAAACUACGUCUUCCCAAACUCCUGGUAUCAGUGACCGGUGGGGCUAAAAACUUUGGCAUGAAGAGUCAAUUGAAGGAUAAGUUUCGGCGUGGCCUCAUCAAAGUGGCCCAGACCACAGAUGCAUGGAUCCUGACAGGUGGCACUCAUACAGGUGUGAUGAAACACGUGGGUAUGGCCGUGCAAGAUUCCAAGCUCAGUAGCAGCUCAAUGGAGGGACAGAUCGUGGUCAUCGGUGUGGUAACGUGGGGUAUCAUUCAUAAUCGACAAGAACUUAUCAAUCCUGAGGGUUGUUUCACAGCUAAUUAUUCUCUGGAUGAGCAGAAUCAAGGACGACUUUCAUGUCUGGAUGAAAAUCAUACUCAUUUUCUUCUGGUGGAUGAUGGCACUCAUGGACGUUAUGGAGGUGAAAUUGAACUGCGGGCUCGACUGGAGAAACUGAUCUCUGAGCAGCCACUGGAGAAACGGAUUUCUGAUGGUGUGACGAUACCUGUGGUCUGUGUGGCGCUGGAGGGUGGACCAGGAACUUUACACACAAUUUAUAAUUCAAUGCUGAACAACACGCCGUGUGUCGUCCUGGAAGGAUCCGGCCGUUUGGCAGACGUCAUCGCUCAGGUGGCCGAUCUGCCAGUGUCAAAGGUCACUGUGGUCCAUAUUAAACAGCUGAUAAAGAAGUUUUUUGGACAGGAGUACAAACGUUUUUCUGAGCUUCAGUUCUUUGAGUGGACCAAAAAGAUUCAGGACAUAAUCCGGAUGCCUCAUUUGCUGACUGUGUUUCGUAUCGACGAAGAGAAAAACAGCGACGUUGAUGUUGCCAUUCUGCAAGCUCUGUUCAAAGCCUCCAGGAAUGAAGAAAGCACCGGUCGACAGUCUUGGAAGAGACAGCUGGAGCUCGCCAUGGCCUGGAAUCGAGUUGACAUUGCAAAGACCGAGAUUUUCACUGAGGAGAGCCAAUGGACGUCCAGUGAUCUUCACCCGUCCAUGUUCUCGGCUCUGGAGGGCAAUAAGCCGGAGUUUGUGCAUCUUCUGCUGGAGAACGGUGUGUGUGUUCGGCAGUUUCUGGAACAUGAGGAGACGCUCUGUAAACUUUAUGGCAAACUUCAGGACAACAUGCCCAGCUGUUUCUUCUUACGUAAGCUGAACAAACGUGGUCAUUCACCUUCAUCCGGCAGUAAUGAAGUUUCACUGAUUCAUGUGUAUGAAGAAGUGAGACAUUUGUUGGGCAGCCUCACUCAGCCUCAGUACGGCUCACCACAACACAAAGCAACUAAAGACAACGAGGUUUCAAUGCCAACUGAGCAUCCAUAUAAUUCUGAAAAGAAGAUUCCAGGCUUGGAUUGGGAUCCGUGGCAGGAUCUUUUCCUCUGGGCUGUUGUACAGAAUAACAGAGAACUGGCAAAACUUGGUUGGGAACAGGUUCUAGCAUCUCCUGCUGAUUGA